AUGCCGACCGAUAGUUCAUCAAAGAUUGUUGGUGCAAGACGAAGAGCUUGUGUGAACUGCACGUCGGUGAAGUCGAAAUGCCUUCCCCUCUCAGCUGACGAGUGUCAGCGUUGCAAUCGUCUUGGCAAGCGAUGCACUUAUCUGAAUGUUGUGGAGAAGCGAAAAAGCCCGUCAAGCGCCUCUCGUACCAGGCUGUUAGAACAGCGGCUGAACAGGGUUUUGACCAUGCUUAGUGAAAGAGCCAAGGGGACGCCGUUGAGCGGAUUCAUUACACAGCUAUCUACUGCCGAUCUUGAUCUUGAAAUUGAUAUGCUAGGCGUGGACCGCAUCUCUGGGUCAUCACUGCCACGCAGCUUCGCUCCACAGCAAAGCUUGGAUGUCAUCGAGUAUGGAUUCAUCACUCUCGACGAGGCACAGAUACUGCUGGACAACUAUCGUACUCGAGCUGUUCCACACUUUCCCUUUGUUCCAAUCUCACCAGACACGACUGUUGCAUCUCUCAAGUCAGCAAAGCCGUUCCUUUUCAUGUGCAUAAUGGCAACCUUGAAAGUAGACAACUGCACCAUUCAACGGCAAAUUGGAGAAGAAGUCAGAAUGCAAGCCCAUCAAAGAGUCUUGAUGCAGUCUGAAAGUAGCUUGGAACUUCUCCAGGGCCUUCUGGUUUAUAUCGCCUGGUAUCAGUACUUCUUCAGCUAUGAGAAGCAACAAAUUGUUCAGCUUGCGCAACUUUGUGUAUCACUAGUUCAGAACUUGGGACUUGACCAGAAUCCGGACAACAAAAGACGCACAGUAGACCUCGGGCCGGAUGAAACAGCGUCUGGCCGAAAGGCUGCUCGUUCUAUGGACCAGCUGCGGGCUCUCCUUGGUACAUAUUGCACGGCCAGUUGGGUUUCUACAAAGUUUAGAACACGUUGUGCAAUACCUUACACUGGGUACAUCAAGCAAAGCUGGGAGAUACUUUCAGCAAGAAAAGAAUAUGCCAGUGAUGAUCUCAUUGCCCACCUCGUCCGUAUAAACGAACUGAGUCGACGCAUAUGCGACACAUUUGGUUACGAUGACUUGGAGAACACGGGUGUCAAGGGCGAGUUCAUCAGCGCAAUGGCUUUACAGACUUUGAGUAAUGAAUCAACGCUACUCAAAGCGUCUAUACCGCCAGCUUUCCAAGAGAAUUUCUCGAUCAAGAUCGAGCUCCAUCUACUCGAUACGCUAAUAAGCGAAGUCUCGUUGCAUGAUGACUUCUGGGACCAUUCAUCUAUCGUUAGUUCGUUUGCAAUCAGUAAUCCGUCGCUGUCUGUGAGCACCAGAAUGUCGAUCAUGUUCAACUUGCUGCGCAGUUGCAAAUCUCUGAACGAUACUGUGAUGGAUUAUCCGGAUGAAGAGUUGUGGUACAUCACAUUUUACACGACCGCCAAGAUUUGUAGGACCCUUUCAUGUCUGUCCAAUGCUAGCAAGAUCUGGCCCGAGAUAUUCAGGGAUAUCGGGAUUGCUCUCAGCAACGCAAGCUUCUCAUACCCCGGCACUUCCCUCUAUGACGCAACUACCAUAGAAAGAGCGGCAAAUCUAGAGGGUGAAGCAAGGCGACUGCGGGCCAAGUUCAAGAAUUUGUCACCCUUGGUACAGAAUACGAGCGAUGAGGCUGACAUCAUGCUCGGCUUCUCGGAUAUGAUAUGGGCCGUAUUCGCCACCUAUGACGAGGUACGAGGGAAGAAUCAUGGCCCACUAGACUUUUCUAUUAGUUGUGAUGUGCCGUGCUCUUCGUCGGAUAUGGGGAGCUCGGGAGGUUAUCUGUCGAGCACAGGGUCUGGUAAUACGCACACAGAUGCAGUGUUAGACUUGGAAGGGAUUGAUGACUCGUCCUGGGAGGAGUUGUUGGCUGGUAUUACUGCUACUACAGAACGCGAGGCGACAUUACAAAUUUGA